AGAGAGAGAGAGAGAGAGAGAGAGAGAGAUCAAGCACCAGUGAGCUUGCUAGCUCAAGCUACCCCCUGGAAAACGGAAAUGUUCAGUGUUCACAGAGGCUUGUGUAUUUCAUGCUGAUUUCACUACAGUGUUUUCCAACAUGAUGGUGGAAUGCUAAAAAUUUUAUUUUUUUCCUUUUAUCUUCAUUUUUUUGGCUUUUAAAAAUUUUUGUUUUCUUUUUAUUCUUUCCUCCCUCUGUCCCUCCCUCCCUCCUUCCUUCCUUUUUUCUUUUCUUUUCUCUUUCUUUCUUUCAUUUAUUUUUGUCUUUAUUCCCUUUUUAAUUUUUUUUUUGGUAGUAAAUAGGAUUCGAAUAGUUUUUCUCAGAACAGGGAGCUGGAAUUGAUGCACAUAUCAGUAGCAUCUUUGUUGGAAUGGCUUUCGCUUGAAUUCUUUGGGGAUUACUGGAGAAAAUGGAAAGAAACUGAAACGCAUAAAUGAAUUAAACCAGCAAGAUUCCUCAUGGCUUCUUCAGAAGACCCUAUUGCUCUGAUUAAGGAACUCCACCAGCAUUGGAGAAAAGGACAUUGAACCAUUCUUGCAUCCUUGGAAUUAAUCCCACUUGAUCUUGGUGUAUCACCCUUUUUAAGCUCUGCCUUUGCUUCCCAUUUUUUAGCUUUCAACACCUAACUGAAAAAGUCUCAGAAAGCUGAUGUAUCCAAGUUAAUCACCUCUGAAGAACUGCGGACUCACUGAGUACUAAACAAAACCUUCCUUCUAUGUGAGCCAAAAGUCAGAAAAAAAAAAAAACUGUUGUCAAACACCUGUAAAGAGAUGCCUAUCAUCAUAUGGAAAUUUGAAGAGCUUCUGUGUGGCACAUUCAUAAUCCAAAUGGGAGAGAAUCAACUGUCAUGAUGUCCCAGAAGGCCUUAUAACAGUAAACAAGAGGGAAAAGUUAUAAUAGCUUGUUAAUCGGUGCUUGCACAUUAGACUUGAGUGUGAUUACUAUAAAAAAAAUCCAAGGCAAAUAUGCAAAUACUUCUUUGAAAGUCUUCCAAAUUAUGUAAAGGCUCAGACCAAUGAAGUAAGAAAGAGGUUAUUUUAUUCUCACUCUCUACAACCCAUUGAUAAAGUCUUUAGAAAGAGGAGCAGUUGAUCGUGAAUUACUGUUUUGAUCCACCAUUUAGCAAAGAUAGUUGUUCUGGAAAGAAACAUGCCUAUUAAUGUCACGUGUACUGGGCCAGAUGGGGACAAGACAGAUUUUCGAUAUUUUAUCUAUGCAGUGACAUAUACUGUAAUUCUUGUGCCAGGUCUCAUAGGGAAUAUAUUAGCUUUAUGGGUAUUUUAUGGCUAUAUGAAAGAAACCAAACGGGCUGUGAUAUUCAUGAUAAACUUAGCCAUUGCUGACUUACUACAAGUUCUCUCCCUGCCACUGAGGAUCUUUUACUACUUAAAUCAUGACUGGCCAUUUGGGCCUGGCCUCUGCAUGUUCUGUUUCUACCUGAAGUAUGUCAACAUGUAUGCAAGCAUCUACUUCUUGGUCUGCAUAAGCGUGAGACGGUUUUUGUUUCUUAUAUACCCCUUUCGCUUCCAUGAUUGCAAACAGAAAUAUGACCUAUAUAUCAGCAUUGCUGGCUGGUUGAUCAUCUGCCUUGCCUGUCUUCUCUUUCCUCUCCUCAGAACCAGUGAUGACACCGCAGGUAAUAGAACCAAAUGUUUUGUGGAUCUUCCUACCAGGAAUGUCAAUUUGGCCCAGUAUAUUGCCAUGAUGACCAUUGGCGAAUUGAUUGGGUUUGUCACUCCUCUUCUGAUUGUCCUAUAUUGUACCUGGAAGACAGUUUUAUCACUGCAUGAUAAAUAUCCUGUGGCCCAAGACCUUGGGGAGAAAAAGAAAGCCUUGAAGAUGAUUCUAACCUGUGCAGGAGUAUUCCUAAUUUGCUUUGCACCUUAUCACUUCAGUUUUCCUUUGGAUUUCCUGGUCAAGUCCAACAAAAUUCAAAGCUGCCUAACCAGAAGGGUGAUUCUAAUAUUUCAUUCAGUUGCUCUCUGUCUUGCUAGUAUGAAUUCCUGUCUUGACCCAGUCAUAUACUACUUCACCACUAAUGAGUUCAGAAGACGACUUUCAAGACAAGAUAGCAUCCAACUCCAUGCAAAAUCCUUUGUAAGCAACCAUACCACUGAAUUAUGCUAAAUUAAAACAAAACCUGAAUGUUAUCUGAAAUGCAAGUAUAUCAGAAGGUAUUUGUAAUAUCACAAGCCACUGGAAAGUAAUCACAGGGAGCACUGACGACUUUUCAGUUAUGCUCUAUUUUACCUAUAUGAGGAAGCUGUUUAAAGCACUGUAUUCCACCAUCACAUGUUGACAUGUCCAUGUAAUAAUUUGUUAUCAAGUCAGGAAUUAAACUGUAAAACUUCAGUGGCAUUCUAUAUAUAUGUACUCAGAGUCAUCAGUUUUAUGUGAACCUAAGACACAGGAGACUAUCAGCUUGGGCUCAUCAUAAGCACUUAGUUUUGCUGCAAUGGACACUGAGUCUCUGUAUUUAGAGGCAAUGUAGUUUGUCUUUUUAUACUAGUAGCCACAGUUUAUAUUCAAACAUCAUAUUUUGAUUGUAUUUUAAGUAGGAUGGACAAUAUAUUAUUCUGUGAAAAGAAAGUGGUAUAAACAUGGGAUCAUUUUUAUCUCCCAUGUGUGAUUAUAAUCCAGGAUUUGAAGACUCAAAUAACUAUUUCCUUCAUUUAACUGUCAAUAUGAAACAUCAUCUAUCACACCUGUUCAUAAAAUGAAAAUCUGAACUCAGGCCUCUGUUAUAUUUAAAGUAAUAACAAGAAAUACAUUCACAUACAGUAACCUCUAUGGCCUGUAUAAGAUGUCAUACUGAAUCCACCCAAGCCAAAUAGUUCACCAAAGAACAUACAAUGUGACCCAAAUUGUCUCUAUAGGUCCAGGAGACAGCAGAUAAGUGAUAAUCACAGUUCCAGUACUCUUAAACUAUUUCCAAAGAAUAUGUAAUGAAAUAUAUGGACCUGAAUAAUACAAAGAGUUUUUACCAUGCUCCUAGAGUAACAUUGACUAUCUCUGACAGGUUACUGCACUUUUUGAGCCUAUGAAAGAAGCAGUGCACUAAUUAAUUACUAAGCUUAGGCCAGAGAAAAAAGAUGAAGAGAUGGGUACACCUUUUAAAAGCCUCACCAUUCUGUAUUUAUUUCUUUAAUUUAAGUGGCAACUGUCAAGUCACCUUCAUGGACUGAAGGCAGCUAGGCAUGUGGACCAUUGAAAUUUGUGGACCUUCAGAAAUUUUUCUGGUCCAGCUUUACCCGAGUCAUACCAUUGUGAGUCAUGCACAGCCUACCUCCUAGCAGCUAUGGAAGGAAAUUCUUUCACAUUUUGGGAGAAAAAAAACUGCAAAAGAUUAAUUUUGGCAGCAUUGGACUCCCCUUACAGUUAUUUAUCUGCUACCUGUAGCAGUAUACUAGUACUAGUUUGGUACUAGUAUGCAAGUAGCAGACCCAAGAUAUGAUUCAUAAUUAAAUCUGAGAUCUAAAAUAUUACAGUACUUUGAAACAUGUUUUUGCAAAAUGCUCUAAUUUAAAACAAUGAUCUACAUAAAAUCUGUGUGCUAUAUAAUAAAGAUACAUGCUACUUCUCAUCUGGAGGAAUGUGGAAAUCAACAAAGGUUCCAACAUAUUUUUAUAGACAAGGAGUUGUUUUAGCCACACAGUUAUGAUACUAAUAUGAAUGGGGGGAAUGAUAAAACCAAAAUCAAUUCUAAUAUCUUAGAGAAAUGGAAAUUUUUCUAAUGUUUUCUCUAGAAAAGUAUUGAUUUUGCUUGUCCUUUGUUAUUAAAAUAAUAUCUUACUAGAAAACAGACUUUGUGCUGCUAACAAGUGUAUUUAUCUCCUUAUAAUUCAUUGUAAGAUACAUAUUUUGAUGUGUUAUAUGAAUUCUAAAUGAGUGUUAUAUUGUGUUUUAAAAAGAGUAACUGUAACCAUUUCUGGUCUGUUUGAUUUAACAGUGCUUUGUGUUUGAAUAUAAUUUAGCAUUGUAAUGGGAUCACAAGUAAUAAUUUUGUGGGUUCUUAUAAUGGAAGAGCCUUGUCCAUAUUAUAUUUGUUUACUAUUUUUUCAGAUUAGCAUGGAUUAUACUUUUUAGGAUCAUUUUGGGAUACCAGAGAUUUAAUUUUAUUAAUGUAUUAUUAUUUUAAGAAUGUCUAUUUUCAUUUUUAAAAGGGAGAGGAAAUAUUUCUAGGACAUUAAUGAAUUUCUUAGAGGAAUGGUUAAAGGAGUUAGUGAUCACUUAUUAGGUGGCCCAGAAGCCCUUGCAGAUCACUUACGACAUUAGAAGAGAUGACAAGUGUCCUAUAUUCUUAUGCUGCUUAGCUAGGACCACCACUUCUCCCCAGGUCUACCCAUCUAGGUUUGUAUUGUGUUGUAACUUAUUUACCCCUCUUCCCCAUCAAUAUGCUUUUCCUUUUGUCCUAUUUCUUUGUUCUUUUAGGGAGUAAUCUGAUCAAUCUAUUCACACUAAGGUGCUAUGACGAAUGUUAGCUUAAUAUUAACUUGCUCAGGGCUAUCUGAAUUCAAGUUUUAGGGAUAAACGAAAAAUCAAAGUGUUAAUCCCUUACUUUUAUUUUAUUUUAAAAAGUAUUUUAUUUAUUUAUUCAUGAGAGACACACAGAGAAAGGUAGAGAGAGAGUCAGAGGGUGAAGCAGGCUCCCACCAGGGAGCCUAACACAGGGCUUGAUCCCAGGACCCCAGGGUCAUGACCUGAGCCAAAAGCAGACACUCAACCACUGAGCCAACCAGGUGCCCCUUCCUUACUUUUAAUGGAAGGGAGAAAGACACUGAAGAAAACUGGAGGGGAAGAUUUUUUUAAGAAAGUGGAUUUUACAGUAGUGUCUUUUUUUUUAAAUAAAAAGUGUUACAUUUUAAUAUUCCUGUAUAAUCAAAAAAUGGAAUUUAAAAUCUUCAUAUGAAAAAUAUUAUAGUCCCUGAUAUUUUACCUGUGAUGCCAUCGAACAUUGAAAGAUUAUGGAAGUGGGCACCUGGGUGGCUCUGUCGGUUGGGCGCUGACUCUUUUUUUUUUAAUAAUAAAUUUAUUUUUUAUUGGUGUUCAAUUUGCCAACAUACA